AUGGCUAUGCCCCUUUUCUUUCUGGACUGUCACCUGGCGUUCGUCUACAACCAUGUCCUGAACACCCAUCACCCACAACCUUUGCGGAAAUUCUACGGUAUCGAGCAAGUUUGUAGAAUUGCGUGCGCCACACUCCUAAUUUGGUUGCUUGAAGCAACCGCGCCCGCCUCCACCAUGCGUCCCUUAUCAACCCCCGACCUUCCCUACGACAUCUGGCUCCACAUAGCCUCCUUUCUCCCCCUCUCCCAAUUGAAGACACUCUAUCCCAUCAACAGCGCCCUACUCGGGAUCGCCCUCGACGCGCGGUACCGAACGGGGUUCGUCGGGCCGCUCGCCCACCCGGACACGAAGAGGGCCCUUGCCCGCCUGACGGACCUAUUUGUCGCCCGGCGGGUGCGCACUUUCAUCUUCAAGCCCGGCGACCUAUGCAAGCUUCUCCAUGAAAGCAAGUCCGAGGAGCUGUACGAGUGCAAGCUUGUGGACGCUUUUUCCGGGAUGCGCAUUUCCCAACCCAGCGCUCGCCCUCACACUCGCAUUCGAAACCAUACCCCCAACACCCCCCUCCGCACUUCCUCUCCUUCUCGUGCCCAUACUCUCCAGCACUACCAACCACCCCAAGCAGCAACGCCACUCCUCUCCGCCUCUGAAGCACACAAGCGCGUCAUGUCGAUCAUGCGUAGUAUGACCGGCCUCGCCGAGUUGCACAUCGAAAUACCGUGCAAGGACCACUGGUACUUCGCCGACUCUGAAGCGGCCGACGGAGGUGUUCCAGCACUCUUCGCCAAGGGCUGGCAAGCGUUCGGAAAGAGCCUGCGCGUGCUCGAGCUGCGCGUCCCGUUGGAGGACCUCGCGCUUGUCCUCCCUGCUCCGUGUAGUGGAGUUGUCCUCGAGUGCCUUGAGCGCGUAAGUUUAAGGGUUGUUCGUGCGUCGCUGACUGCCAACGAGGAGACUGUCUUGCGUUCGACCGUGUUGCCCUUCCUCCAGACAUCCCGACACUCCCUACGCUCCCUCGCACUCGACGUGCAAGAGCACACGAACCUAUCCCCUUUCCUGUCCUCCCUCGCCCUUCUACCUACCCGCAUGCGCUCUCUGUCCUCCUUCUCUCUCGCCCAACCAUUUGUCAGCACCGACCAGACAGACUUCAGCGGGCUGCAUGGCUUCCUCCUAGCGCACAGCGAGCACCUUACGUCGCUUUCGCUGAAGAUGAACGCGACGUUCACGCACCACGCUACCCCAGAGGCGUUCUUCUCCCACAAGAGCUUCGCGUUGGCCCUGCCCGUCCUGCAGCACCUCUCGAUACACCUGGCGCAUUUCCCUGUAGGCUACGCAGACGGGAUGAUACCCUAUAUACACCAGUUCGCGCAGACACUGGUUUCGUUGACAUUGCAGGGGCAGUUCUGGCCUGACCAUCGUGUGGUGGCUUUUGUUGACUCAGGAUUCGGGUUGGGGUCGAGGUUGCGAGAGCUGCAAAUGGCUGUAGCGACAUUCAGCCCUCCGCUCCUUUCUGCUUUUGCUGAGCACCUGCCAAUCCUCGAGAGCUUAGAUCUGGAUUUCAAGGAUAUUUCUCCCCCAAGCUACAUCGCUGGAUUUGGGUCUCCAUUUUCUGUUCUGAUGUCUCAGCUCAGCUUUCCAGAUUGGAGGCUUCGCAAAUUCAAUCUAAAGCCGUUGGAUGCAACUAAUUCGGUUCGGAAGUUGUGCAAGGCAGCCCUGGUCGAUGCACUCCCUGGCGUGCUCUUGUUUUGCGGGAGGAAUAGGGAAGAGUACAUGUCUACUGCGGACCUUAUAUGA